AGGGGUAUCCAACAUUUUUGCCAACGUCACUGGAACAUUGUGGAGGCUUUACAGCAGGCAGCAGGCCAAAUGGACCCUUUGAAACGUAAAAGAGAAACCGCCCUGGAUGCUCUCAGGAGUCAGGAGAAUGUUGGAGUCAGCGGCGUGAGAAAGAUGGCGGAUGAAAUGAUUCUGGAAGUCGAGGAAGGGAAAACAAGCUCGAUGGAGGAACGUCCUGGAAGAGAAAGACGAGACAGGAUGCAAAACAAAAGCCAGGCCAGUAGCUGCCGGCGUGACGCUACGACGGAAGCAGAGUCUGGAGAGGCGGACCAAGAGCAGGAGAGGGAAUGUGACAACUCCACGGCUCCUCUCUUCUCUUUGAAAAUGUACUUGAGGAAGUCAUCAUCAACCACAAGUGCAGACUCUCUGACAUCUCAGCAGAGCAGCUCAGCGGUUGACUGCGCCGAGUUCGUCCUCAAGUGUCUCUUCUGCCGCUUCUACGACAUCAUCCAGAUGUUUCCCGACUCCUGCAAGCGAGCCGUCACUCAUUGCUGCCCCUGCAACAUGCACGUCAUAGCAACCGUGGACUCCUUGUCCAGCACCGACGAUGACUCUUUCGUGGACUUGGGGGGUCACCGCCCUUGA